UAAUAAAUAAAUAAAUAAGAUGGCUCCCUGUCCCCAAAGGGCUCACAUUCUAAAAAAAGAGGUCUUUUAAAGAGGUCUUUGUGGAAAGAACUGUUUGGAAGUCCAUAUAUGCACCAACUUAUCAUCGCCAACUUAUCAACUUACAAGAUAAAAAUCGAAGAGUACAUAAGUUCAUGAAAUCAUGAACUGAUCAGCAUUCUUUCUUUAUCCCUUUGAAAACAUUAACAGAAAAAUGGAAGCAGCUGACUCCAGAUCGUAAGAUCCCAUCCAUUGAAAGAAGGAAAUACCAUUUUGGCUUUGGACAUUCAGUUCCACAACAUUUUGAGCUACAGAAAGUGUAAGGAGGGUGGGAGCAGUGUGUGCCCAAUGGGUUGAAAGCAUUUCAUGUGGGCACCCUCGGAAAGGAAACUUGCGAAGAACCUUUGCUUAUGCUGAACAUUAAACAGCCUGCGCUUGGCUCUUAGUCUGGGGAAUAAACAUUCGCUGCUGCUCCUUCAACGGGUCGGAUCAGUUUUCAGGUCAGGAUGCUCUACGGUUAUCAACAUCCCACUGGACGGACGCAAGGCAAAGGGAUUCUGCAGUAGAAAUUGGGAGUCUGAGAUGUCUUUACCACUUUCAGCUUAAACUACGGUUCUUGGAGUGUCGAGGACCUCUCCCACUUCUGAGAUUUGACCUCCUGGGAUGACCACGCUGGAUGCAGCUGGGGUUGUGGCCGGACAAGCAGUUGGACAAAAUUGAUGUGAAAACUUCUAUGCCCAGGAAUUUCCUGUGACCCACACCUGCCCACCAGCCACCAACAUGCAGGCAGAGAACGACUCCUUCAGCAUCACCACGGAAUGGACGUUGCAGGGUCUUGACCCGUCUCUGACCAACAUGUCCACCAGCGAGUCCUGUUCCAACAUCUUCUCCAGUUACCAGUUUGUCCUCAUCCCAGUGCUCUACUGCAUUAUCUUCACCCUGGGGCUGGUGGGGAACAGCCUCGUGAUCAUGGUUCUGUGCCGACAGAGGAGCCCAAAGAACGUGGCCCGGGUGUACCUCCUCAACUUAGCCCUGGCAGACUUGCUGGCCUUGACCACCAUCCCGUUCUGGGCUGCUUACUACGCCUAUGGAUACAACUGGCUUUUCGGCUCCACCAUGUGCAAGAUCUCCAGCUCCAUCCUGUGCCUGACCAUGUUUGCGAGCAUCUUCCUUAUCACGUGCAUGAGCGUGAACCGCUACCAGGCAAUCGUCCACCCCUUCCAGACCCAGCGAGGGACGCUGCACCGGGCGUUCAGGACAGCCCUGCUUGUUUGGGGCCUGGCGGCUGUGGCUUCCCUUCCUACCUUCUACUUCCGCGAUAUUGGAUACAUCCCCAACUUGGGCGUGACCGCCUGUGUCAUGGCCUUCCCGUCCAACAAUUACUCCAAAUGGUCGGCUGGCAUUGCCCUAAUGAAAAACACUCUUGGUUUUCUGAUCCCUGUGACCAUCAUUCUCACGUGCUACAUCUGGAUCGGGGUGCACUUGACCAAGGCACGGGUUUUGGGGAGAAACAAGCAGAAACGGGACCGGGUGCUGAAGCUGGUGGCAUCCGUGGUCGUGGCCUUCUUGAUAUGUUGGCUCCCCUUCCACAUCUUGACCUUCCUGGAUGCUCUGGCCUGGAUGAAGGUGAUCAGUAACUGCCGGCUCACGUCCCUGAUUGACACAGCCCUGCCCUUUGGGAUCUCCAUGGGGUUCGCCAACAGCUGCAUCAACCCCCUCUUGUACUAUUUCAUCGGAAGUCAGUUCCAAGACAAGAUCCAGCAUUUGUUCAAGCUGAGACUCUCCAAGUUCAAGAGCACCAGGCAGAGCUUCUGCUCGACCAAGAGCAGUUCCCUCAAAGACACUGAGACCCGGAUGGAUGCAGAAGAAGGAGACACUGAAAGGCCGCAGACCCACCCUCUGUGAGUUUCUUGAGCGGCAUCUGGAAACUGUCAAGUGAGAACCCGCUCUUGUAUUCUUUCCUGGCCUUUCUUCUGCACGUCUUCUAGAAUACACACUGUCCAAUUAAGACUGUGCUUCCCAUUUCCCUGGGAGUUUUUCACACCCAGCUUUUAGUUCGCAUUUCCUCUGGAAUGGAGGUGUGUGUUCACAUAUCGGCCAAAUUUACUCAAAGUCCUAGUGUGCUAUUGGGUAGCACUUCACACACAGUUUGGGUUUUUCAUUGCAUGUUAGAGAGUGUCGCCUGAUUUAAAUUCAGGGUUAAAAAAAACACACCACUCUGUGUUGGCUUUUGGGGGCAACUUUGAAUGAAAGCAGUAAAGCCUCACAGUAAACCCGUAGUCAAGCCUGCUGUCUGAAAAUGCCCCUUUCUACCCCUUCAGAGAGAACUGUCCUACAUGAAUUCUCUUUUUAAUCAUGGGUGUGAUUUAGCACCAAUAAACGUCGGAACAAUGUGGCAGACUCCAUGCUUUUUCAUGCCAAAAGUAGUCAGCCUGUUUUUAACGCUAACCAGGGGAAAGGUUGGGCUACAGAAAACACGAGUUAAAGUUUUAAUAGAACAGUUUCCACACAGUGUAUACAGGUCCUGCUUUCAGUGUGCUAAAAGUCUCUGCUAAACUCUGCUAAAAAGAAUUCUGUGGAUUAAGACAGCAUCUCUAUGGAAUAGGUUGCAGCCAUAAAGGAGCAAGACAAUUCUGUUCUUUUUAUAAUAUCCAGUGUUGCUCAUCCAUGCAAUGAACUUCCAAAUGGGAGUCUCUAUAUCAGGUGUUUUUGUGGGGUUUGGGUGUGUGUGUUUUUUAAAGGGGUUGAUCCAUCCAUGCAUGUAUCUAAAUGACUCCAGCCUGGGGUAUCUUAGACCUUUUUCUUCUCCAUGGCUGGAUCUUCCUUGGAGACCCUUCUUUUGCAUCCCUCCACCUUUUGAAGGUGGGGCAACUGAUCAGGAAGGAGAGAGUCUUCUCAUUUGGAGGGAUGUGCACGAACCGGCUCAGCGGUCCUUUUCUGGACCGCCGAACUGGUCUGAAGGUCUGGCAUUUGGCCAGUUUGGCAGUGGGGGGGGUUACCUUUAAGGAGCAGGGAGGGUGCCCUUACCCCACCCCACCCAGGCCAUGUUUUCCCCACUGUUGCUCUUGCCAAAAUCGCUGGCGUGGGGCAGCAGCAUACCUCCUUGCCACCCUGGUGAGCGGCAAACUGGAAGUGCCUGCACACCGAACGCUGGACCGUGCACAUCCCUACUCAGUUGUGGCACCUUUCCCCAGGGUCUCUCACCGGCUAUCACAUUUGAUGUCUUUUUGGUGCCAGUUGAAGACUUUUUAAAAAUUCACCCGGCCAUUGAAAUGCAGAGUUUUUGUGAAUUGUUUUUGUCUGGCUUAGAUUAGGAUUCUUCCACUGCACCUGUUUCAAGUGGUUUCCAGAUGUUUUAACACCCCACUAUUGUCUCCAUUGAAAAGUACAUUUGAGAUUAUAUUAAACCUCUCCCUCCA